AUGCCACGAAUCCCAACGCGAACAACGCCUUACGACACACCCACUCGUCAGCACAGACAUUUCAAAAAUAAGCGCGACCAAGUCCUCCGAGCCCUGGGUCGAUCAUGUUACAUCAAUGGUUCACAAUUCGCGAUAAUAUGGGUCUCAGCGCGCGGAGAGACAGAGACCUACGCUUCUCCCGCUCUGCAAAGCCUCUUGCAGCCCGAUCCCGGCCAUCCCGGCCUCUUCUCACCUGAGAUUCUACAAAGAGCCAAGGAAGCUGCAUUGAAGGCUCCGCCUGAGCUCAAAGUGGCAGAAAUAUCCUUGGAGCACAUCCGGAAGCCACAGUCUCGCGCUGACGCACCUCCUGCGGCCUCACCAGUUGGAUCAGACUCUCGCAGCACAUUAUCGGCAAAAGGCGCGGGUUCUUCGUCAUCCCCUAACCAACAUGAUCACGGAUCACCAGGAACGGCGGAAGCGGAACUUUCGAUUAUUGAAAGCAAGGUAGAGGGGGAUCAAGUGAAUUACAUGUUGCAGGAUGACAUCCUCUGCAUUACAUCGCAAACCGCUCUACCAGAGACCUCAAGGCUUCUCGAGCCUCUUCACGAAGAGACCAUUACAUCAGAAUCAGAAGAUCAAGAGCGCAAUGAAAACAUGAUGCCCAUCGAAUGUCGACCGAUUAAACCGCCGACUGAUUCCCCAACCACGGUAUCUUUCUCCAGCCCUCUUUCCAUUGCAAGUUUCCUGGAAAACAAGUUUCGGCAACUUCAACAAAGUACAUGCAAGCUCGUCUGCAAAGCUUGGAUCAAGGUUGUUGAGCCGAAGAAGCAACGAAAGUUUCCAUACCGAAGUGGAGAGACUAGUAAACCCGAGUGGUGGCCUCGAGGCGUAGUCCAUCGCGAACCCGAUCAUCUCCUCAAGCCUGACAGAAUCAAGUUGAUGCUAGCUGUUCUAGGCGCGGGGAAGGUCCCAGUUGGCAGACUCGAACUUGCUUCCGCCGAGAUGGCAGCAUUCAUCCCCCCAGACAAGAUGGAUAUUCUCAGAGAUAUAUAUACCGUGGCAAAGGAGGAGGAACGGCUCAGAGCCACCUGGCCAGUCGGUGUCAACUUCGUACCAUUCCAAGUGGAAUUGAGUAACAAUUUGUGCGAGGCGCCGUCGAAGUCAUCCGGAUCACCUCACACUAAGAAUUCAGAUAUGUUGACUGCCUCUCCGACGACAAUUCAUUACUUGCCCAAUGUUCAAACCGCGAGCGAACCCACUAUCAGUUUCCUCGGCACAGCUCCAUCAGACACACACCCUCACGAGACAUGGAAUCCAAACAUGUUCCCCGGAUGUCUGGGCAGCAUUGAACCUCCAUCGUUCACUCAUGAAAAAUCAAACGGCAUCCUGCCCGGCGAAUAUAACGGGUAUUCUUGGCCGACGAAUUCCGAUUUUUUUCACGAAAGCAUGGUAGCCACUAAUCAAACCAAGAGAUGGGGGAGACCUGGGCAAAAUGUUUUGGACAACAUGGAAUCGCUCAGCACUGGCAGUCAAGCUACCAGUGGAUAUAACUUCGCACCCACUCUUCAGUCUUCAUUCAACAGCGAACUGAUGGGUUCAAGUAUGGAAAAAGGUUCGAGUAAAGAAUCCACUUCCACCGAAGAUCAACCAUUUUUUCAGGAGUUUUCGACGCCAGAAAACAGCGGUUGGGAAAAUGGCGGAAUGUUUUUCGACAACGGGAUCGGCAUUGAAUGCGCUCAGAACUUAUGGAGAAAUGUGACGAUUCCUUCGACGACUUUCGAAACCUCUAAGAUUCAUUCAGAGGAGUCUUAUUUACAUUAG